AGUCAAUUAGAGUGUUUUCAUUCAAGUAGAGUAUAACAAAAAUAUACGGCUGAGAAUAAUGCAUUAUGUGUAAUGAACCUGGCUGCGGCUGGUAAUUCAUACCUAGUUAACAAUUCGUUGUUCAUAUCCCGCACGAGUGGCACGACCUGGAUGGACGGGGAUCGCCGCCCCUCGUUUGCGAACAGAGAGAGAGAGAGUUAAUGAAUGGCUCUAAAUCAUGUGAGCUCCAUAUGCUCUUAUUUAUAGAACUACCCUUUGUCCCGUUUAUCGUUCGAGAUACUUGCAUGCAUGUGUGCAUCAGUUAUACCUGAAUGGCUCUAGCCAACAUUUAUACUGCAAUAUAGUAAACAUUUAUUGAUUUCACACUACUUGAGUUAUUUCUCGAUGAUCUCGUCGCGUUUGUCAGUAGGCCUACAUUAAAAUAUGUUUCGUUUGUCUGUAAACCGAGCUGCGAGCGAAUGGUCAAGGUUUUGCAGUGGAUACAAGAGGCUUACUAAAUUGAACAAUGUGAGAUGGUGGAAUGGAACUGCGUCAACUACAAAUAAUGAACUUAAAGACCAAUCUAGUCGCGAAGAAGCCAAUUAUAAGGCCCGUGUUGAUCUCGCUGUGACAUACAGGGCAUUGGAGUACUAUGGUAUGGGCGAGGGCAUCUGCAACCACUUGACUCUUAGAGCGCCCUCUCGUGUCAGAGAAGAAGAUGUCAUGCUUCUCAUUCCAUAUGGAAUGCACUGGAGAGAGGUGACUGCUUCAAGCCUAAUGGGAAUUGAUUUCUUCACUGGCGAAGUUGUAGAGGGAGAGGGAGAGCCGAAUAUUUCUGCUUCCUGUAUACAUAGACCUAUCCAUAAUGUACGUUAUCCAAUAGACGGAAUGAAAGCAGUACUGCACACCCAUCAACCAUAUACCACAGCCAUCGCUUGCAUGAACGAUCCUGAACCAUUCAAGAUAGGUGCAACUCAGAACAGCAUGCGAUUCCUCGACAGGAUUGCUUAUGACGAGGAUUACGACGGGUUCGCAAACGCUUCUGAUGAAGGUGAGAGGCUGGCCAAGGUGUUGGGAACCAAAGAUAUUCUCCUCAUGAAGCAACAUGGAGUUUUAUCGGUGGCGAAGAGAGCGUGUGAUGCCUUUGAUUACCUAUACUAUCUCGAAAGAGCAGCACAACUACAGGUUUUGCUAAUGUCGUCUGGUGCCCAAAUGAUGAAAGCUCCUCAUGAAGUCAUCAAAUCAGUAGCCGAUGAUGACUGCUACGAACACAACGCUUAUGCAUUCUUUGAAAGUAUGAAGAGAAUACUUGCCGAUGAAAAGCCAAACUAUAUGGAUUGAGAAUUAUAAUCUAAGUCCAAGUUAACUUAUGAAUUAUUGGAAAGCAAAGAGAUGCCAAAUUAAUGUGGAUUUUGGGAGUUUUUGUUUUAUUUUGAACAUUCAAAGUAGCUGGCCACCUUAUUCAGAAUGAGAUUGUUCAAUACACAAGUAUAAUAGCUAAUGAUGAACAUUUGCUGGGAACUCUUCUUUUUUUUAAUGCAUUUAAUUUCAAAAUGUAAUUUUGAUAUCAUAUUUGUAUGAUUUUGAUGGUGAACUUGGCAGACUAUUUUCUUUAUCACGUUGAAUAUUCAAAGUGACUAGCCACGUUUAUGCAGUGUGUUAAGAGAUAUUACAAUACACAAGUAUAAAAGCGAGUGAUGAAUAUUUUUAGGGAACCGUUUUCAUUUUUAAUAACAAACAAAUAUAUUUAGAUUAAUUUGUUAUUUUCAUAUUUGUAUGAUAUUGAUGUUGAACUUAACAAAGUAAUUAUAUUUUGACUUUUGAGUAAUCUUUAUACUUUUGAAAAAAAAAUACUCCAGAGGGAAUUAUUGUGAUCAUAGUAAUACUGUGGUCUGUUCCUGCAGUGAGAUGAAUAAAUUUAGUGUAAAAACUCGAGUGUCCAAACUAUGUACACUGGUGAACACUAGUUUUUUUUAUGUGUAGGGUUACACUUAAAGACAGGACUGUACACCAACACAGACACUUUAAUCAGUAUCAGCUCAACACCCAUACUACUAAAGGCUUGGUCCCACUGCACUUGUUGAUGCAGAGAGGAUGUAAAACGGAAAAGAAUCUUGCCAUCCAUUGGAAAACAUUAUCUAUUUUGUACUCUUUGCAUACAUGUUUCAUACGCUCUAUAUCCAUCGAGCAUCCGUCCACUGUAUAUUUCAUUGUUCGCCCAUUUUGUCCAUUGUCUGGAGCAGAUGAAAACAGAUUGAGCCACCCUAAAUUUUGCUUGUCCACUGUAUCCGUUAUGAAUAUGUUUUGUGUCCAUCAGCCAGCGGGCCAUAACAGGGGGCCCAGAUCCUUACCCAGAGUGCAACACAGGUUUCCUGGAUAAAUCCUUACCCAUAAUGCAAUAUUUAUCUAUAUUUGAGAUAUAUACUUUACAAUAUUUAGCCAAAAGAGACGAGAGAAAGAGGAGGGAUAUUCAACAUAUGCUCCCAAGCAUCCCUUAGUUUUCAAUAAAGAUCUCAUUAACAUAAUAAAUCUUGACCCCUAAUUCAUAAUAUAUUGUUUUAUUUUUUUGUGGAAAAGGUACAUGUAUCAAGUUUAUAUUAUAAUGCAUAAACAUGGUCCUAUGGUAAGAUAUUAACUGUGUGCUUAAGCUAUUUCAAAUUCAGUAUCCCUUUUUCAUAUUUCAAGUAAGUGGCAAAGGAUAUUACAAAGUUAUUUUUCACUAUAUUUGUAGUAAAUCAGGGGUGUAAGUGGUCACAAAUAAAAAGAUAUGAAAAGUGCUGAAGAUCGAGUGUUGAAAAAGUCUAAAAUAGAAAGAGCUCUCAUAUCUUUGUACAGAGGAAAGCCAAAAAUAAGCUGAAAUUAAGCUGAAAAUCAAAACAAAAAAAUCUGAAAUCAGCUACAAAUCUGAACUCUCACACCCCUGAAUAAAAGUACACAUGUAAUAUCCAUUUACUGAUUAUUAUUGUUUACUGUUUAUAUUGCAUUUUCAUUUCCUGGCCAUACUGUGACAGUCAUUUAUCAUGUUAGGAAUAUCAAUAAUGGAAUUGAAAGGAUUUGUAAAAAAUAUGUUAUAUUAUACCAGUUUGUGAAAGGCACACAAGUGUUAUUCCUCCUUUACUUUAUGUCAUACAUUGAUUUCCAUAAAUCAUAUAUUUCACACACUUGAUUGUUAUGAGCUAUAAUAUUUUGUUUCAAUGACAUUUAACAUCGAAUUUGGAUGUUUGUUAUUAUUCAUUCAUUUGUAUAUUUUCAUUACUGAUAUGCUAACAUACAAAAAGAAAAUAAAGUCUAGAUCUAAUAUGUUGUCUAUCUUAUUUCUUUGUGAUGGUGAAGGCAUAAUUGAGUUAAUAUAAUAGGGGGCGGGCAUUCAUGAUAGUAAUGCGAGCAGAUGAUGCUUAUGAAAUAAAAGGAAAACAACAAUGAUAACAC